CGUUCAGCAAAUAUUUUGUAGUCUUGCGCUUGACUUGGCUUCUUUUCUUUUUUAUACUAUUUACCAUGUCAUCUACGUUUACGAGGGAGUUAGCAAUGUGGUCUCCAGCUAUGUCGGUUAGUCACACGUUCCAAGUAGGCGUAAUCCAUGCCACCGCCUCUUCCGUAUACCCUACGCCUUUGAACUAUUACCAUCAACCGGUCUUUCGCCCAACAUUUCCGGCCGUGUGCAUUGUAUGCGGUUUAGCCCACGACAAUGCACGCACCUAUACCACGGGCGAUGAAAAUUCGGUGGACAUGGUAGAAAAAUCCGUCCAACCACCGCAUGAGGUAAUUUCGGUGACGCCGCCGACGCAUCAUCUGCAACCCACGCGCCAACGAGUGAUCACGCGUCCAAAAAGCAAGAAACGAUCCAAUCCAGUCUUUUAUUCGUUGUACAUGCUGUGGAAACGAAUGAUUCGAUCGUAUAAGCAACCACCAAUUCAUCCAUUUCACCACACCAACCAACACGCGCGUCCCAAAGAUUUAAAUUACCUGCCAUAAAUGGCAACCCUUUUUUUUCGUGUACG